AUGGCUUUUCUUGCCUUUAUGCUUCUUGUUCUACCUAUGUUAGCUAUGUCAAUAGAGAACACAAACAUGAUGAGCAACAACAUGGCAAAGCCUGGAUGCCAAACAAAAUGUGGGAACUUGAGUGUUCCUUAUCCAUUUGGUAUUGGUAUAGAUGCUGGUUGCUCUAUACAUCCUAUAUUUGACAUUAGGUGCAACACUUCCUCGAACCCUCCAAUUGCCUAUCUCAACACCGGAGCCACGAAUGAGUGUCGUUUUUCACGUUAUCUGAGAAAGAUAACAAGCCCCGGAAAUAGCCCCGGAAACCACACUAAUGUAUGGUCCUUUAACCCUUGUAGCUACGCAUUCCUUGGCGAUCAUGAAAAGUUCACAUUUAGGGGUACAUCAGACUUCAUGGACCCAAACUUUGUGAACAGAAUAGUGAAUGAUGUUCCUAUUGUGAUUGACUGGGCAAUUGGGACUAAAAAUUGCAGUGUGGUUAGAAACUCAACAACUUAUUCAUGUAUGGAACAUAGUCUAUGUAUUGAUUCUGAAAGUCGACGUGGAGGUUAUCGUUGCAUUUGUGAGGAAGGAUAUGACGGAAAUCCUUAUCUUAGUCCAGGCUGUCAAGAUAUCGAUGAGUGUGCAACGAGCCCUUGUGAUGGAAUUUGCAAAAACACUCCAGGAGGGUUUGAGUGUUCGUGUCCGAAGGGAUAUUUUGGCGAUGGAAAGAAGGGACGUGGUUGCCAGAAGGACCAUGAUUUCCCCAUCUUAAAGUUAUCUCUUGGUUUAGGUCUUGGAUUGUUGUCAAUACUGCAAAUGUCAUCCAAUUUAAACCAAGUGUUUACGAUAGAAGAGCUUGAAAAAGCCACAAACAAUUUCUCAGAAGAUAAGAUUCUUGGAGUAGGCGGAAAUGGUGUAGUUUACAAAGGUGUUCUACCAGAUCAACGCGUAGUUGCAAUCAAGAAAUCAAAAUAG